AUGUGCCCUCCUAAGUUCUGCCACAAGUGUUACAAGCUUGCUUUAAGAGGAGGCACACGCCUUGCAAUCAAUGUGUGGCCUCCACACAAACGCACUGGAAACUGUAAGAUCUGCAGUUUCUUUAAGGAUCAACAGAAACCUGCUUCCAACCUGACCCAGCCUCACUCUCAUUCUCUGAGGAGGAAUGGAAGGCUGACAUGGAACAAUGCAAUCCCAGAAAAUAAAGUGCACAUAAAACUUGGAGGAGAUGCUGGUGGUGGGUCAUUUAAAAUGGCCUUCCAGAUUGCUAACCUGAGGCAUCCAAAUUCUAAAAUCAACACAGUGGUCUUUGCCAUGUUCCAUGCAAAAGAUAGUUGGGCUAAUUUAAAGACAGCCUUAAUGAAAUAUAAAGAACAAGUAAACACCUUGAAAGAAGCAACCUGGGGAGGUAAAAAGAAAGUGGUUUUCCUGUUUGGUGACUAUGAGUUCCUAUGCAAGCUAUUUGGAAUAGCUGGUGCCUCAGGCAAAUAUCCAUGUCUUUGGUGCAAGAUAAAUCAUGAAGUAAUGCAAGUCUCUUGCCAUAAACAUGGGCAUGCUGAAAAACGAAGUCUUGAAAACAUUCAAGAGGAUUAUGAUAAGUUUGUAGCAGAUGGCUCUGUUACAAGUCGACAGAAGUUUUAUCACAAUGUGAUUCAUGAGAAACUGCUGGACAUUGAAUUGGACAAAGUAAGAUACAAGAGUUUAUUUUAUUGCUUUGAAGAGGGACUUACAGGCCACCUAACUAAAUGGUUGUCUAUUUCAGGUUUGUGUUCCUGGACUUCACAUUAGCUUGGGUGUGUUUAAGAAACUGUUUGACGAACUAGAGAACCAGUGCUUUGAGCUGGACAAAAAAAUUCAAAUGGUUCUAGCAGGAGACAGUGAAGAGAAUGAUGAGAAAAUCCAGGCAUUCAGAGCUGCCCAACUACAUACCAGACAAGCACAACAAUUUAAUGAAAAAGCCAAUUAUUUACAGGAGUUGCUGAAUUUACAAAGUCUGCAUGCUAAUGUUGAUAUCAUGCCUGCCUACUUUACACUACUACAGGAGGAGAUAGCCAAAACUCCUUGGAAAUGCAAAGG